AUGUCUUCAGAUUCCGAAUCCCAAAGUGAACAAAUUCAUGCAAAUGAUGUUGCCUGUUUGGCGCCAUCAGAGCCUAAAGAUGCACCCGCGGACAAAGGUACCAACAGCUUGGGAAAUUCACCCCUCUCCCACGAAUAUGGUACCUCUCCUCCGCACGAAAUUGAAAGGAGUGCUCGUGUUGACCAAGGAGAGAUGCCGGAGCUUAGUCCCGAAGGGCAGGCUGCCAUGAUGACUGCGGCCCUCCUAGAGUUUUAUUGUGAGAGUCGCGCAGCCGACAUACUUAAUGGGCAACCAGGAUCUCACGGCGGAUAUUCUCGAGAUUCUCCAGAAGCCAAAUAUCUCGGACGUCACCUCUACAUGUAUAAGUCCCAGUUCCUCUCCGGACACGGGGUCAUUGCAGGAGGAUUAGAUGGAAAUGACUGGGAGUCAGUGAGAAAGCAUUACAGAAACAACCUGGAUGUCCUGAGUGUGGCAGCCUUAGGAGAAACAGAUCCGAACGGCAGAUAUUCGCUUCCACCAUUCAAAGGAGCCAGCGGUCAGGGUUCGACAACAAUGAACUUUGGGCAACUACAAAAGCUUCUGGAAGGGCUUGAUCUUGAUAAGAUAAAGAACUUCACUCCUCAACAGCCCUCUCGUCCUAAUCUUCAAAGACGUAUUACCGAGAAGGCGUAUUCUGAUUCCUCUACCCAACCAUUGCCCCCGAACAUCGCCGAUCUUGUGAGGCAUUCACUCACUGCAUUCUCCCAGAUACCCAUGGAUUUUCCCCUGCUAUCUCCACAGACCAUUAACAUCCCAACCUCCCGGUAUGCCGCUGAAUUUGAAGAGGAAGCAUUUAUUGGCAAAGGCUCAUACGGUGCUGUGUACCGUGCGAGACAUCAUGUUGACAGCCAGGUUUAUGCGGUGAAAAAAAUCCCAUUGCGUGAGAAACGGUUGCGUCAACUUCAAAAGGAUGGUUUGAGAGCUGUGGAGAGUAUCCUAAAGGAGAUUAGAACCCUUGCUCGGUUGGAGCACCCCAAUGUUGUCCGUUACUUUAGCGCAUGGGCCGAAUUGUCAACUGGUUCAAUUGUUGAGAGUGCCUCUUCUACCAUUCCGGUUAGUGCUGAUGGGAUGGAUGAUAGCGAACAGGUCUCCUCCCCCAAACUCGAAUCAUCAGGAUCGCACCACGAGGAUCUAAGCUUUAGUAUCGUUUUCGAAGAGUCGGGCCAUGGAAUCGUAUUCGAAAAUUCUUUAAAAGAUAGCGAAAAUGCAGAAGAUAGAGAGGAAGGUCAUUCUGACUCGUGUAACACACGACACAGUAAACGCCUUUCCUUUCAGGGUACAAGUGGUAAGAGUGACACUGGAGAUGUUGAAGAAGUGGAAUCUCUUCCGAGGCCUUUUAGCUUCCCGAACCACGGGCAGACAACAUCAGAAAGCGAAACCAACGAUGACAUAUUUUCAGAUGGAAUGGGAAAUGCCAGCUUAAGAAGCCUCAGCCGAAAAGUUAAACAUGUUAAACCUGGGCCUGUCUUAACAUUGCACAUUCAAAUGUCGCUCCAUCCGCUGAGCUUAGCUACAUACUUGGUCCCGAGGCCCGCAACAUCAGACACCAGCAGCCCCCGACAUUGCUACCAUCUUAUCCCUUCUCUCAAGAUUAUUCUGGGAGUUUUGGCCGGUGUUGAGUAUCUUCAUUCCAUGGGAAUAGUCCAUCGAGAUCUUAAACCAGCCAAUAUAUUCCUAUCACUCGCCAACCCACAGGACAAAAUGAUUUGUCCACCGUGCGAUAAAGAGGAGAUAAAACGACCAUGGUACACCAACCCUCGUAUUGGUGAUUUUGGCCUGGUCGCAGAAAUUUCCCAGUAUGGAGAAAGCAGGGGGCAAUACGAAUCGGGUUGUAACUCCACGGGGGCUCAAACUCGCCCUGUUGGAACAGAGUUCUAUAGACCUCCCAUCGUAAACUCGAAACAAAUCCAUCCCCUUUCGCGCACCAACAAUACCUACGAAAAAGGAAAUGAAGGCAACCACGAACAUGCUGAGAUGGAAAACCUCUAUGACAUCGAUGAAAGUCUGGACAUGUUUGCUCUUGGCGUCAUUCUUUUCGAACUGCUGUAUAAGUUCGAAACUAGGAUGGAGCGUCAAAUGACACUCUGUUAUUUGACCUGUUCACCAAACCGAAUGGUAAAAUCUUACCACAAGCGCAACCUUUCUGACCUCACUCCAAUUCUUCCCGGUGACUUCGCCAGCAAGAUUAAUUGUUCAGAAGCUACCAGGAAUGGGAGCGAAAACGACGGUAUGUAUAUACUCAAUAAACUUACUGCGUGUAUAAAGGGGAUGCUGGACCCAGAUUCUCGGUGCAGGUGGACGUGCAAGGAUGUGCAGCGCUGUUUGAAUGAGAUUCUUUCGAUGUGUGGAAAUUUGAGUUGA